AUGACUUCGCCACCCUCGAAGCGUCUCAAGCUCGACGCCGACGCCGACCACAACCACGACCACGAUGGCGCGUCGCCCAUUGCCUUGAAUGAGCGAGCUGUCACUACUGACACUGACCGGGCCUCGAUUCGCACCAAACGCGCUGCCUUUCUGGAUUCGAUUUCACGGUCCAUCUCGCCGCCUGCCGUGUCUCGGUCUGGCACAACCACUCCUCAAGCGGACCACCGAAACAAGGGCUCCUCCUCCUCCCGGCGCUGGCAGGAGACUCGAAGUCUUGGUGAUGUGCCGGAUCGCCGGACACCGCAUGGUCGUGGGCACGAUCAAGACCAACGACCUACUAGGGGCAAAGUGUCUGCGACCGUCGAGACCACAUCCCCCACAAGCAACGUUUCCACUGCCUUGAGCUGGAGGCCGCUUCCGUCGCCGUUCAAACUCACUUCGAUCCGCGAUCUUCCUGCAUCUCAGAACAUCGACACCGUCUCCCUCCACGACAUCCUAGGAAACCCGCUGAUCAAGGAGGCGUGGAUCUUCAACUACUGCUUCGACGUGGACUGGCUGAUGGGCUACUUUGACGCCGACAUCCGGGCGCAGGUCAAGGUCAAAGUGGUUCAUGGAUCGUGGAGGGCCGAAGACGCGAACAGAAUUGGGAUCGAAGAUGCAUGCCGGCGCUGGCCAAACGUCGAACCCAUGACCGCGUACCUGCCCGACCCGUUCGGAACGCACCAUAGCAAGAUGUUCAUCCUAUUCACCCACGACGACUUGGCCCAGGUCGUCAUCCAUACUGCCAACAUGCUGCAGAAGGACUGGACCAACAUGACCCAGGCUGUCUGGCAGUCUCCCAUGCUCCCCAAGAUGGAAGUUUUGGGAAAUCCGAGCACGACGGUCGGACGCAUUGGGACUGGAUCGCGCUUCAAGCUCGACCUCAUGGCUUAUCUAUCUGCGUACGGCUCCAAGACCAAACAUCUGAGAGACGAGCUUGUACAGUACGAUUUCAGCCGUGUCCGAGGCGCCCUUAUUGCGUCGGUACCGUCACGGAUGAAGAAUCUGUCUAUUCAAAUGGAUGCCCAAGCCCUCUGGGACCAGAAACUCUGGGGUUAUCCAAGUCUUUUCCGAGCCCUGGAAACCGUCUGUCCCGGCCAAUGUCAAUCGAAGACUAAGACUGCGACAGCCGACCAGAGCAACUUCGACAAAUCUCACCCUCACCCUCAUGUAGUCUGUCAAGUUUCGUCCAUCGCCACCCUCCCCAUGCCCUGGCUGAACCAGUUCUUCCCUGCCAUCUGUGGUCAGAAGAGUAGACCGACCGCGCCGGCGCAGAUCUAUACCAACCUUUCAAUCGUCUACCCUACCCCUAGCAACGUCGCCGCGUCACUUGACGGGUACGCGUCAGGUGGCUCGAUCCACACCAAGGCGCAGAGCGCGGCACACUUGAAGCAGAUCACUUCACUGCGCAGCGCACUGUGUCAAUGGACCCGCGGACCGCGGGAGGAGAGCAGAGCAAGAAGAGACCUGGCGGCGCCGCAUAUCAAGACGUAUGUCCGCUUCCGCAGCAAACCGACCAUAGACGAUCCGGUGCCCGAUAUCGAUUGGGCCUUGAUGACGAGCGCAAACCUGUCGACGCAAGCUUGGGGGGCAUUGCGCGAAACAGAAAAGGGGAAGGGGAAGGGGAAGGGGAAGGAAAAGGCCAAAGAGGUGGUUGUACAGAGUUUUGAGAUCGGUGUCCUGGUCUGGCCUGAGCUGUUUGGCGAUGAUGUUGCCAGCCCCAACACCACCAAGUUGGACGAUGAUGACUACUGCACCACGAGUAUUCGUACUGUGCGGAUGGUACCCGUGUUCGGUCAAGACACACCGUCACCGUCACUGUCACCUUCGCCCGCCGCGCAUGAUCCUUCUGUCGAUACCAGUACCGUCGUCGGCCUUCGCUUGCCUUAUGACCUGCCAUUGACGCCGUACGCCGAGGUCAACAUGCCCUGGUCGCCGCAGGGCACUUACGAUGCGCCCGAUCGACACGGAAGACGGUGGCCGAGAGAUUUCUUCUGA